AUGAGUACGCAAAACGCUAUUGUUGUACCAGUAGCAGACGAAGAUACUCGACAGCCUGGCCAGGAUGCAAACAGAGAUCGCUUCGACAAUUCAAAGUGCUUUGCAAGAGAAUGCUCGUCCGACGCAACCACAGCCUGGACCGUUGAAGCAAAUCAUAGCACAGAGCCGAUUGAGUCUAUCAGUGGUAUCAGUUACCGAAUCAGCAAGCCGCAUGCUGGGCAACCGCUCUCUAUCCGCUCGGCUCCGGCCAAAAGAAAGUAUAAGACGUUCCUGGAGUCUACCCUCAACGCUACACUGCAGGACAUUCAUGACGUCGUGCAGUACGCUGCUGUCCAGGCUCAAAGAAGCAUCUUCGGCCAAGACCUGCAAAAGACGUAUGCUGUUGGUGGUCGGGGUUCUAAUGAGAAGAACUAG